UGCCGAAAAACCACAAAGGUCUGAGCAAGGAGAAGCGUCUGGAUUUGGAUGCGUUUUACGACAAUUAUGGUCUGUUACUGAGGAUGACGGCGCUUUCCGGUCCAAAGUACGUCGUACUUGGUUGCUUUAUUUUUUCAUUACAUGAAACAUUUGUAACAACCGUGACCACCUACAUGGUAACAUUCGACGAAACUUUAUUCUUCGAGAACAUGGGCAGCGCUCUUAUAAUAACGGCCAUCACAAUAAUCGCAUUUACUUUUCUUCAUCAUAAAGAUAAAUUCGAAUUUAUCUGGAGCGCUCUUGGAAGCAAGAGGCACCAGUACGAAGUGGACAAUGAGACAAAAUUUUACAUAGAAAAAAUACGUCAGAGGAGCAGCAGGGAGAAGAAGUACUCUCCGAAACUCUUCAUUGUUCUUAUGGUUUCAGCCUGCUUCGUUCAAAUUUUUGUAAGAUACCCUCUUGAUACUUACUUGAACGGUUACGAAAAGUACGGAAGGUUCAGCGAGCUGCUUCCGAAAUAUGUGGUCGGCGGUGUUCCAAUUCCGUUUUGGUACUAUUUUGACACCAAGGUCAGCGACGCAGCCUACUACAUAGCGGUCGGUCGCGAAGUUGUAUUUUUUGUUUUUAUGACAAGCAUCGUAAUCGCUUCAGACUGCUCAUUUAUGUGCGUAGCUUACGAAAUCUGCACGGAGUUUCAGAUACUUCAGUACGUACUGAAAAAUCUUGUAGAAAUUUCAAAAUUGAUGUGCAAGUCACAAGGAAAGGAUUCACCGAAAUACGAAGAUAUAAGUCCCGUAUUGUUGUCACUUUUAAAAUCUUCAAUAAGACAUCAUCAGUUAUUGUUACGAAUGGGUGUAACUUUGAAAUUCAUACAUCGUCCUACACUCAUAUAUUUGUUAGUCGCAAUCAGCAUACUUGUGGGGUCUUUCGGAUUUUUAUUACAAUCGUCGAAGGUGGCACUGGGAGCACAAAUAGCAGGAUGUGGCACGGCGAUGGCAGCGAUGUUCCACCUUCUAAUUUUCUGCUGGUUCAGCGAAAAGAUGAAAGUUUGCUCAUCACAGGUCGGCCACAACCUCUUUACGCCAAGUAUAAUGGACUACACGGCCAUUUUGAAGAAAGAAUUCGUUAUUAUACAAAUGCGUUCGACGAAACCGACUGUUCUAUCAGUCAGUAUCAAAAGUGAAUUGAAUCUAGAAACUUUUGCAGGGAUAAUGCAGACUGCUUAUUCCUAUUGCAAUUUAAUGGUGUCAUCAAGCGAAAAACUAUAGAAAAAAAGGAAUGUACAAAAUUCAGGA